UUAUGACAAAAUAAUUGAUGGAAUGUUGGAGUAUGACAACGCAGCGAGGUGCCUUUGAUACAGUUCAACAGAACGAUCUUCACAUCCGCUUCUUGUUUCCAGAUCAUUUAGGCCACCAUUUUUUUCCAGUCUCUCUUACAACUCUCAGAUCUCCUGAGAACAUUUGAAAUAACAGAUUGUGGAUAAGGAUAAGUGGCGGCCACCGGUCUCCGCCUCGUCGAUCCCUGCUGCUAGCCCUUCGUCUGACCGAGUCUGCAAUCUAGCGGCUAAGCUUCUUCUUGUCUUUUAAUCUCUUCCAUGGCUAUAGCUUUGGAGUGGGCUGCGGGGAUCGCGCGGUAGCGGUUUCCGGAUCAUCGCUAGGGUUUUACGCACUGCACUGGCAAUGGCGUCGGGUGGUAGUUGGCGAGACUCCUACAGGGGCAUGUCCUCUGACAACAUCAAGGGUUUGAUUCUCGCGCUGUCUUCCAGUUUUUUCAUCGGGGCAAGCUUCAUCGUUAAGAAAAAGGGAUUGAAGAAGGCCAGUGCGACCGGUGUUAGGGCAGGAGCUGGUGGCUAUUCUUACUUGUAUGAGCCACUGUGGUGGGCAGGCAUGAUAGCAAUGGUUGUGGGGGAAGUGGCUAAUUUUGCAGCUUAUGCCUUUGCUCCUGCAAUUUUGGUGACACCUCUUGGUGCCCUUAGCAUAAUCAUCAGUGCUGUACUUGCUCAUAUAAUCUUACGAGAGAAGCUACAUAUUUUUGGAAUCUUGGGCUGUGUUCUUUGUGUUGUGGGCUCCAUCACCAUUGUUCUCCAUGCUCCUCAGGAGCGUGAAAUUAAUUCGGUUAAGCAAGUUUGGGAUCUUGCUACUGAACCAGCAUUUCUAUUCUAUUCAGCUGCAGUUAUGGUAGCAGUCUUUGUAAUUAUUGUCCAUUUUAUACCUCAGUAUGGACAGACGCAUAUCAUGGCAUAUAUUGGCGUCUGCUCCCUUGUUGGUUCUCUUUCAGUCAUGGGUGUGAAAGCUCUUGGAAUAGCUUUGAAGUUGACUUUUUCAGGAAUAAAUCAGUUAAUAUAUCCACAAACCUGGGCUUUUACAAUAAUUGUCAUUUCAUGUGUGGUUACCCAAAUGAAUUAUCUCAACAAGGCACUUGAUACUUUCAAUACAGCAGUUGUUUCUCCAAUAUAUUACGUCAUGUUUACGACAUUAACUAUUUUGGCAAGCGUGAUAAUGUUCAAGGACUGGGAUCGGCAAAAUCCAACACAAAUAGUCACUGAGAUGUGUGGGUUUGUGACAAUUCUCUCAGGGACUUUUCUGCUUCACAAAACUAAGGACAUGGUUGAUGGUCAUGCUUCUCUUUCCCUUCGAAUCCCCAAACAUGCAAAUGAAGAUGGUUUUCAGAACGAAGGCAUUCCGCUCAGGUUUCAGGAACCUUACCGCUCACCCUAAACUGAUUUUUUUUUGUUUACUCUUCCAUCUUUACUCAGAAUUGUGAAUGCCAUCAAUCUUCAUGUUCUUUUAAAUUAUAACUUGUCAAAAAUGACGGCCAUUUUUUUAUAUUCCUGUUCGAGCUGUUUAAUCGUCCGUCAGUUGGAAGCUAGGGUAUUUAGAUUUUACCACAAAUCUGUAGGCCUGUACACUGAUUAAAAGAUGAGUAAAAAACUGGCAGGGGUGAGAAUUGUGUUAUAAAUCAAUGCAUUUUUUUUUUCAA